UCAUUAAGCACACAACAGGAGAGACGCAGGGAGGAAGAAGCAGCAGUCGAGGCGAACACUGACAAGGAAGGAAGGCAGACAGAGGAGGAGAAAUGGCGAAUUUUGCGGGUACCUGGAAGAUGAAAAGCAGUGAGAAUUUCGACGAGUUGCUGAAGGCACUGGGUGUGAACGCCAUGCUGAGGAAGAUCGCCGGGACGGCCGCUUCCAAGGCUCACGUGGAGAUCACGCAGAACGGGGAGCAAUUCUACAUCAAGACUUCUACCAGCGUCCGCACCACAGAGAUCAACUUCCAUGUCGGGGAGGAGUUCAACGAGGAAACGGUGGAUGGAAGAAAGUGUAAGAGUCUGGCCACUUGGGAGAUGGAAAACAAAAUGUACUGCAAACAGACUCUACUGAGUGGCACUGGGCCAAAAACCUUCUGGACCAGAGAGCUCAGAGGGGAUGAACUCAUACUGAGGCUAUUGAUUAGAAUGUGGAGAGGACGACGAGUGCAGGCCUCUACUGACCAGUGGAGGAAGGAGUCAGGUGAAAAUGCGCCAGAUGGACUUGCGUCGGCUCCAUUUGUCACCGACUCAAGCGCGCUCUGCACCGCAACGUGGCCUGAGAUAAUGAUGUGCGCUGCUGCAGUCGGCCAUAAAGCUUUUCCCCUGGGACUUCCGUAAAUCUUAGAGAAUUAA